ACACUCAUCACGCAAGAUCUCAGAAGAAGUAGGGACAGUAAAUAAAUAGUCAAAAUAGUGUAUAUUUAAAUUUCAGUCUAGCAACAUUUGUAUUGUAUAACUUCACUCUUAUUUCAGUCUUGCAACAUUUUCAUUGUAUAACUUCACUCUAAACUUUCAAUCAAUCAAAAAUUCAUUCAUUCAAUCUUCCUUCUUCAACUUUACGUCAAACACGACACAUUCUAACGAUCAUCAUUUUCAAGUAAAAUAAAUUAUUAUACCAGCAUCAACAUCAAGCAUCUUUCAUUGGAAGUACGCACCAAACACAGGCAGGCAGGCAGACAUCAUCAUCAGCCCAAACAUUUGGACCUUACUUCGCCGGAACUUGAAGAAAAUUGGACCACCCAGCCUGACCACGUGUAAGCAGACCCGGAGCAUUGGACAAAGGACCAGGCCACGCCAGCGACGAGCAGCCACAAUCAGCCUCAUCGCGCCAUCCUUGAGCUGUGUUGCUGCCAUGUUGCUGCAAACUGCGUGCUAGCUUCAAGCACACCAUCACACGUCACCAAACUUCAUCACAUCAUCAUAACCGUGAGUACCUCGACUUUCAUUACAAUACAUCAAAAUGUUGGGUGCGGAUGUGGCUUCAGGCAUUUAUACCCCAUCUAAAUCGAGCGACUCUAGCUUACUAACUCGUAAAAGGGGAGUGCUAAAGGGUAGGCUCACUAAUUUAGAAAAAUAUUUAGAUUCAUUCACAGGGCUUACUUUAACCUCUGAACAAAUAAUAGAAAUUAAAUUAAGAGCACAUGGCGCGUCAUCAUUGCUAAAUGAGUUUAAUACAGUUCAAUCACAAAUAGAGGAGCUUAGUGAAGAGCUUACUGACGCGUUACAAUAUCGGGAAAGCUUUGAAACUAAAUAUUAUAGCUUAAUAGCAAAAUCACAAAACAUAACCUCAAUUGAUGAGUCCGCUAACAACCCCAGCUGUGCUAACCUAUCAUCAGUCAAGCUACCAACCAUCACAUUGCCAAGCUUUAACGGUUCUUAUGACAAUUGGCUACAAUUCAGAGAUACCUACCUGUCUUUAGUCCACAAUUCCACACAAAUUAGUGCAAUUCAAAAGUUUCAUUAUUUGAAAUCAUCGCUUGAGGGCAGUGCGGGGCUAGUUAUUGAAUCACUCGAAUUCUCGGCUCAAAAUUAUAGUAUAGCAUGGGAGUUGCUAACAAAUAGGUAUGACAACACACAAUUACUCAUACACAACCACAUCAAAGCAUUGUUCUCGCUUCAACCUUUGACGAAGGAGUCACCGGCUUGGAUAAGAAAGCUCAUCGACACAAUUAUGAAGAACCUUCGUGCUUUAAAUACUCUCGGGGAGCCAACAGAUUCAUGGGACACUUUGAUUAUUUACAUGGUUGUUUCCAAACUAGAUGCCGUUACUGAGAGAGAAUGGGAACAACAUAAAGUAUCUACACUGUCACAAGCCGGAGAUUCCAAGCCAGGGUUGAAGGUUGAUGACCUGCUUAAGUUCCUAGGUCGUAAAGCAGACAUGUUAGAAACUGUUAUUGUCACACACAAAAACAAACACAGUUAUUAUAACACUUCACACACUCAAAACACACCCAAGGUUCACUGUAAUGUAUCUUCAUCAUCAUCAUCCAACAAAGCGCAUCAGGAAAGGAAUAUACAUUACAAACCUUGCCCGGUAUGCAAUAAUAAGCAUGCUAUUUAUUCAUGCCAGAGAUUCUUAGACAUGCCAAUCUCAGAUAAAUACAACAUCAUUUCACAACACAAAAUAUGUGUAAACUGUUUGCGUUCUGGACAUGCAGUAACUGACUGUCGGUUCGGUCCGUGCAAAAAAUGUACAAAGAAACACAAUUCAAUUCUACACCAGGACGGGUCUAAUGGAAGCACACAUAACAACACUUCAUCGUUAGUCACAUUAGAUUCAGAAACACAUCAAUCCCCUGUAGCAACUGAAAACAAUUCACACACAUUUAACAUUAACACAAUAUGUGAGACGUUAAGCGCACAGUCUCCCAUCAUAGAACCCGUACUGUUGUCAACAGCUGUCAUCGAGCUUGUGGAUAAACAUAAUAAUUAUGUUCAAGCUCGCGCAUUACUAGACAGUGGUAGUCAAAGGUGCUUCAUCACCAAAGCUUUAUGUGAACAAUUGAACGCUUCAAUAAUACAGUCCACUCACACAAUCAAGGGUGUAGGUAACGCGGUAACACAAAGCACACAAACCUGUGACAUCACUAUCAGGUCCUUAUCGAGUUCCUAUACAGCAGACAUCAAAUGCUUAGUCCUUCAGACAAUAUCAUCAGAUUUACCGUCAACUAGCAUUUCAAUACAAGAACAUAACUUCAAAAUACCUGAUAACAUUCAGUUAGCUGACCCAAAAUACUUCAUGUCUCAGCCUAUCGACAUGCUAAUAGGUGCCGACUACUUUUGGGAUCUACUUGAGGAAGGUAAAAUCCGCUUGGCCAAUGGCCCGUUCCUUCAGAACACAAAGUUGGGAUGGAUCAUUUCAGGUCCAAUUUACAACAGCACACAUCAUGAUUCUCAGGUUCAUUGUAACUUCACUGAAGCCAUAGACACUUCAGCUGUAAAGAGUCUCGAGAUAGUAGAAAGCGCUUCACAAGACCUACCCGAGAUUAAAUCACAAACCACGCAGAGUUAUCAUGCUUCAGAUAAUAAUAACUGGUUUCCAUUUGAAAGAUAUUCCCAAUUCAAUCGCAUGAAACGUUCCUUUGCUUAUUUGAUGCGCUUCAUUCACAACACACGUAAUAAAAAUAAUAAAAGGACAGGCGCGUUAAGUGUAGAAGAAUUGAACGAAUCUCAAACAAAAUUAACAAAAAUAUCACAACAAGAAUCAUUCCCUAGUGUUUAUGAAACACUUAGCAAACAAGAAACAUUAAAAAAAUUCACACAACUUAUCAAAGUUACAUCCUUUUCUUGAUGAAAAUCACAUCAUUAGGGUAGGGGGUAGGCUUUUAAACUCAGCUGAUUACAGCUAUGAUAAAAAACAUCCCAUUUUAACUUCAGGCAAACAUCACUUCACUACACUGUUGUUCCGGGACGAGCACCUUCGGCAGCUUCACGCCGCACCGCAGGCCUUGCUAUACACCCUACGCGAGACGUGGUGGCCGGUGCGAGGGCGCGAUGCCGCCCGCCGGACCGUGCACCGGUGCGCGAGGUGCGCACGUCUACGCGCUAAACCGCUCACGCCCCUUAUGGGUAACCUCCCUUCAGAACGCAUCAGCCCUGGGUUCGCCUUCAUCAAUACGGGUGUAGAUUACAUGGGUCCCGUGUACAUUUUAAAUAGAAAAGGUAGAGGCGCUCAAACCGUUAAAGCUUAUGUUUGCAUUUUUGUUUGCAUGGCAACUCGCGCAGUAAACCUGGAGUUGGUUGGGGACCUAUCAACUGAGGCCUAUCUUCUCGCCCUUAAGAGACACAUCUCACGCUAUUCAAAGCCAAAUACAAUCUUCAGCGAUAAUGGUAGAAAUUUUGUAGGCCUGAUGAACGACUUCACUAAGUUCCUAGGUAAAUGUUCCUCGGAAAUAAUAGAUUACGCCACAAGUCAAAACAUUAAAUUCAGCUUCAUUCCGCCUUUUAGCCCAAAUUUUGGUGGAUUGUGGGAAGCCGGGGUAAAAUCAUGUAAAUAUCAUUUGAGACGUGUGAUAGGUAAUUCACAUUUAACAUACGAAGAGUUCAAUACGGUAUUGGCACAAAUCCAAGCCGUCCUGAAUUCCCGUCCUCUAAGUCCUCUGUCCUCAGGUCCACACGACUACUAUCCUCUUAGUCCAGCUCAUUUCUUGGUUGGCCGUCCACUCACUGCUCCGCUCUGCGAGGACGUCAGCAACACUGCCUGCAACCGCCUCACACGCUAUCGCCGAGUGGAACAGAUCCGUCAGCAUUUCUGGUCCAGGUGGUCCAAGGAAUACAUAUCCGAGAUGCAGACCAGAACGAAGUGGAAAUCAAGACUCGAUGACCUGAAGCCAGACACGCUCGUGCUCAUCAAGGACGACCAGCUGCCUCCGCUAAAGUGGCACCUGGGUCGCAUCAUCACCACUGUUCCAGGGAGAGAUGGGAUCUCCAGAGUAGCAGACAUCCGCACUGAGAAGGGUGUCAUUCGCCGUGCCUGCUCCAAAAUCUGUCCUCUCUGGGAAGAAGAUGACUGAGACCAGCGCAACAUCCUCGGUUGAAAGACCAUCCUUUCAAGGCGGGGGGCAUGUUCACACUCAUCACGCAAGAUCUCAGAAGAAGUAGGGACAGUAAAUAAAUAGUCAAAAUAGUGUAUAUUUAAAUUUCAGUCUAGCAACAUUUGUAUUGUAUAACUUCACUCUUAUUUCAGUCUUGCAACAUUUUCAUUGUAUAACUUCACUCUAAACUUUCAAUCAAUCAAAAAUUCAUUCAUUCAAUCUUCCUUCUUCAACUUUACGUCAAACACGACACAUUCUAACGAUCAUCAUUUUCAAGUAAAAUAAAUUAUUAUACCAGCAUCAACAUCAAGCAUCUUUCAUUGGAAGUACGCACCAAACACAGGCAGGCAGGCAGACAUCAUCAUCAGCCCAAA